AGAGAGAGAGAGGAGCGCAGAUUGAGGCUAUUUUGUGCAGAAGUGUAUAUCUGUUUGCCUCUACCUCUGCCCCCUACCUCUAUCUCUACCUGUACCUCUACCUCUACCCUUUGGUUAAGAAGGAAGUAAUUAAUUUGGGGAUUGAUUGAUUAUUUAUUUCGAUUAAUUAGGAGUUUAUGUUGGGGGAAAUGAAAAUUGAAAAUAAGAAAGAAGAGAUGAGAGGUGUAAUGGAAGGUGGGUUGAUGUAUGACGUUGACGCAGAACGUGCUGUCUAUUAUAUGAGUUUUGGUUUUUGAUUUUCUCUCUCUCUCUCUCUCUCUCUCUCUCUUCCCCCGGGAAUCAAACGUCCAAAGGCGCGUUGAGCUGUUUCCAUAAUCUGUAUUCUAUUCUCUCUCUCUCUCUCUCUCUCUCCCCCCAUUCUCACAGUUGUGAUUUGUGUUUCUUUGCGAGCUGUAAUUGAAUUGGAAAGCCCUUUGGACUCGUCUUACAAGUCAUCCCUCGUCUUCUCUCUCUAACUACCUUCCCCAUAUAUCUGAACGUUGCGCCAUGGUUUGAUGCCCCAUAAGCUCCAACCCAAACCCUACGCCUGCUUUUCUUCUUCCAUUGCUGAUUUUCUUUAUCCCCGAAAUGGUGUCAGAAUCUUAGCCUUUUCCGUUUCCCGGCGUUCAACAUUGGAUCUGGGAGCAGGUAUUGCGGAUUUGGUUUCGUAGGAGUCGGAGAUCAUUGCCGGAAAUGGUUCCGUCGUUUGGAUGGUGGGCGAAGGAGACACACAGGGGGACGCCGGUGGUGGUCAAGAUGGAGAACCCCAACAACUGGUCCAUGGUGGAGCUCGAGGCCCCCUCGGACGACGACUUCAUCUUCCCCUCCGGCGACGCUCCGGCCGCCAACCACCGCCGCGACAAGGCCCGGAACAAGAACGCCAAGCAGCUCACCUGGGUCCUCCUCCUCAAGGCCCACCGCGCCGCCGGCUGCCUCACCUCCAUUGCCACUGCAAUGCUCGGCCUCGCCGCUGCCAUCCGCCGCCGCGUCGCCGCUGGCAAGACGGAUGCCGACCCCGACUCCGACAACCGCGCCGCCGCUGAGAACCUGACCGUUAAAUCCCGCAUCUACUCUUGCAUAAAGGUCUUCCUUUGGCUCUCCGUUCUUCUGCUAGGGUUUGAGGUCGCUGCCUAUUGCAAGGGCUGGCAUUUUGGCGCUCCAAAUCUCCAGCUACAGUAUCUAUCCGUUUUAGCCUCCCAAUUCGACGUCAAGGGCGCGUUUGGUUGGCUGUAUUCGAGGUGGGUUUUGAUCCGGGCCGAGUAUCUCGCUCCACCACUUCAGUUCCUCACCAAUGUAUGUAUCCUCCUCUUCCUCGUCCAGAGCUUGGAUAGAUUAUUUCUCUGUUUGGGUUGCUUUUGGAUCCGACUAAAAAAGAUUAAACCUGUACCGAAAGAAGGCCCAGCCGAUCCAGAAUCCGGCGAGAAUGGCUUCUUUCCCAUGGUCCUUGUCCAAAUCCCCAUGUGCAACGAAAAGGAGGUUUAUCAGCAGAGUAUUGCGGCUGUGUGCAAUAUCGACUGGCCAAAGUCAAAACUGCUAAUACAAAUUCUGGAUGAUUCGGAUGAUCCGACGGCCCAAUUGCUGAUAAAAGACGAGGUUCACAAAUGGCAGCAAGAGGGUGCCAAUAUUGUUUACAGGCAUCGGGUGAUUCGAGAGGGUUAUAAAGCUGGUAAUCUCAAGUCCGCCAUGAAUUGCAGCUAUGUCAAAGAUUAUGAGUUUGUCGCCAUUUUCGAUGCUGAUUUUCAGCCAAACCCUGAUUUUCUCAAAAGAACAGUUCCCCAUUUCAAGGAUAAUGAGGAUCUAGGGCUAGUUCAGGCGAGAUGGUCAUUUGUGAACAAGGAUGAAAACCUUCUAACACGGUUGCAGAACAUUAAUUUAGCUUUUCAUUUCGAAGUUGAGCAACAAGUGAAUGGAAUUUUCCUCAAUUUCUUCGGGUUCAAUGGGACUGCUGGUGUUUGGAGGAUAAAGACAUUGGAGGAGUCUGGUGGGUGGCUUGAGAGGACCACGGUUGAGGACAUGGACAUCGCCGUUCGGGCUCACCUCCAUGGGUGGAAAUUCGUCUUCCUCAACGAUGUUGAGUGCCAAUGCGAAUUACCAGAAUCUUAUGAGGCUUAUCGGAAACAGCAGCACAGAUGGCAUUCCGGGCCAAUGCAGCUGUUUCGGCUUUGUUUGCCUGACAUCAUCCGAGCAAAGAUCAGCGUUGGGAAGAAAGCCAAUUUGAUUUUCCUCUUCUUCUUACUUAGGAAACUGAUACUGCCCUUUUAUUCUUUCACCCUGUUUUGCAUAAUUCUGCCCAUGACAAUGUUCAUCCCGGAAGCUGAGCUUCCAGCUUGGGUGGUCUGCUAUGUCCCGGCCACCAUGUCGUUUCUCAACAUACUCCCGGCCCCCAAAUCGUUCCCUUUCAUUGUGCCCUACCUUCUCUUUGAAAACACCAUGUCUGUGACCAAAUUCAACGCCAUGAUAUCCGGCCUGUUCCAACUUGGGAGCGCAUACGAGUGGGUGGUUACAAAGAAAUCAGGUCGGUCUUCCGAGGGUGACCUUGUUUCCUUGCUUGAGAAAGAGCCAAAGCCUCAAAGGGGCUUGUCGGAGCCUGAUUUGGGGGAAAUGCGCGAGGAAAUCAAACAGAAGGAGCAGAAUGCUUCCCGGAAAAAGAAGCACAACCGGAUGUACACAAAAGAGCUAACGUUGGCAUUCCUCCUCCUCACAGCUUCAGCAAGGAGCCUCUUGUCUGCUCAGGGUAUCCAUUUCUACUUCUUGCUCUUCCAGGGUAUAUCCUUCUUGCUGGUUGGGCUGGACUUGAUCGGGGAGCAGGUGGAGUAAAUGAAAAUUACAGGCAUCGUACGCGUACAUAUUGGAUUGUAGGAGAAGCACGGGGAACAUCGUCGCCCAGCGCUGAAUGGAAAUUGAACUCUCUGCUCUGCUAGGGCGAUUUUCAGAGGAGGGCUGUGAUAAGAGUCUGGGUGAAAGAGGAAUUGACACGACAGAAGAAGAAUGAGCUUCCUUCUGGAGAUGGAGGAAAAUCUUACCCAGAAGAAUAGUGAUGAUGAUGUUCUAAUUACCAUAUUCAACUUAUUGCUUCUUCUCAUCUUUCUUUGUAUCUUCCUUUCUGGGAUUCUUUGGUUUUUUGGCUCUAUUUUUUUUGUAAGAAAAAUUUGUCUUCCAAACAUCAAACAAGGAAUUUAGUGAGAUAUGGAUUAGUGGGUGGCUGGAUUUCCGCUCAAUCUCUU